CCACUUUACCUUGGACAUCAAGCAUGGGAAUUCAACAGGGAACCAGGGACACGCCGAAAAACGCGUUUUCUCAAAGAAGGUUAGGUACCUUGGGAUCUUUGUCGCGUCUAUCACCGAGCGAGCUCUUUUGGUGGUCACAACUCACAGAAGCCUUGUUCCUGCCAUUGAUUACGACCGUCGACAAAUUUCAUACUGAUUCAUACCCAUUCACUCCAAGAUUCUCAAUCUUCCCUUGAAGGCAUUGUCUGUCAUCCUACCAAUCGACACUACAUCAAACGCCUCGUCUUUAUGCCGAAUACUUCUCGUUACACCUGCUAGCAACCCAACCCCGGAUGCGGACCUUCAUGAUCAUAGCUCAAAGCUACGAUCCUCACCACCACCAUGACUAGUCCAUCGAGUAGUUCAGAACAGUCCACAACAUCUACUACUCCCUUUCGUCUUCGCAAUGGAGCUCCUAUUUCUCGGAAGCUUGUGAAAAUUCCCAAGGAUCAACAAGCAAUCUUUUCAGACCCUGAAGGCCCGUGGAUCUCAACUCUCAAGAACAACCCACAGCAGAAUACCGCCAGAGUCCCGCCAAAGGUCCUUGAACAAAUCAAGUAUUUUCAUACCUCUCGGACACUGCCGCCACCUGCCCAGAAGCCAAAUGGGCCUCUUUCCAGUGAGCCAACUGCCUCAGUCUCCGAGAACACACCCAACGGUCAGCAGGAAGAUGAAUCAGACUCUGAGCCAGAAGUGCCCGUCAGCUCAUGGGCGGAGUCUCCUCCACGACCACCCAGAAGAGAGCUGCAAGAGACUCCCUCUCCAGCGCCUUCCAUCAGGUCACAGAUUAUGACCCAAGACCAGUCUGUUGUAGGAAGAAUUAUCUCCCAGUCUCCACCACCUCAGACACGAAGCAGCCCUCAGAUACAGUCUUCACCACCGAUUGUCCCAGCAACCAAGCGACAGAUAUCGCCUCCUACAGGCCUUAAACGUCACCUCCAGCUUGACGCAUUCCCGUCCAGCAGUGCCGGUGUGGAAGACGAGCUGGAAACCGCCAUCCCUGGGGCUCUUUGCGAAGCGACAUCCCCCAUCAAUAGAAGAGCUGCGCGUUUGACUACUGCAUCCCAGGCCGCGACCAGUCCUCCCUGCGGCCAAGGCAGCAUGGUUCCGUCCACCUACAAAGACAUUAAGAGCUCCGACAAGGUGGAAGAACCAGUCUACAAGAAGAGACGGAUGAAGGCAGUCAACAUGAGCCAGAGCUCCCAAGAAGUUGAACAGGAUGGCACUUCUGCAGAAACCGACCGACAAUCUAUAGCCCCGCUUCCUCAAACUUAUCAAGGGGCUCUACAGACAUCUUCAGGUUUUCCGCUUGCGUCAGCACCUCUUGUCACUGACGAGCAACCGAAACUAGGAACAGCCAAGGUCGUCAAGGGUACCCCGAGUCUUUCUGGAACUGCCGGUCCUGUCUAUAGGGCAGAGGAGACAUCCCACCCAGAUCCUAAGCCCUGGGGAGAACAUGUCAGAGCAACUCUCGAGAGUGGGAGGAAGGUGCAAGACAAUGUUUCCCUGGCCACUCGUCAAGUAUCGUCUGAGGGCGGUAGCCUGAAAUCCUCAAAGGAUGAGGUCCAGCGGCAGAAGGCAAUAUCGUAUCUCAACGAAGCUUGGAAACAGCAUGGUCUCGAUUGGAUCCCGACCGCUUUCCAGCACCUCCGGUCAACUCUGACGGUUCAGAGCCUUCAGGUUUUGAUGAACGUCACCCAUCAGGCAUCAAAGAACGGUACACAACUCUCAGAGCUGUGGUUGAAGCCUGAUGGCCCGCUUUAUAAAGCGGCUUCGAAACUUGCAGACGGCAAACUCAUCCUCUCCAAAGAAGUCGCCGAGGCAUCGCUUUCUUUGUUCGAGGCAGAGAAGUCGAAAGCGGCAAAGGCUCGAGGCACAGCCCCGGGUGAAGGAAGGCCAGCACCCGCCGAGAGCUCAUCGAGGCCCGCAAGCCGUCACGGAACAAUAUCCCAAGUGGCACCCGUCAAUCCCUCGCCUCCAACAUCACCCAAUUCAAUGCAAGGUGUACAGUCGACUGCUAGCCCGCAAGUGCUUCAAGACAGUCGAUAUCAAACAUUCGAUGCCCAUCACCGACCGCAGGGCUUGGUCGCGAGGCCCUCUUUUGCACAGGGACCGUUGGAAGCUUUCCGCUACGCAUACCCCUCCUUCUCGGGCAGCGUAGGUGACUUUGUGAGGGCUUGUUCCACGAUCAAAGACCUGCGUCGGAAACGGCUGCUUCCCAAGUGGCUCUACGACGACUUCAUCCGCGCCUUCGUGGACGGCUUCGUCCCUUACAUCCAAACCUUGGACGACGACGAGGAGUCGCUCUCGGCAUAUCAGUGGUACGUCGAGUACGUGGACCGGCCAGCAUAUCAGGGCGGCGUCGUGACUCGCGAAAACCUGUACCUGGUCUUGAAGAUCUACAAUAGCGAAUACAAAUUAGCAAGGGAGUCUGUGUUGGAGAGCGGAAUCCCGUUUCCGGAAGUUGCACAGAGGCGUCUCUCUGAGCAAUCAGCGGCGUUGAACAUGAGCGGAGGUCCCAAUACGCCAGUUGCGCAGAAGAGCAACCCCAACCCGAAACCUCAUCUGGAGACUCGCGCCUCGGGCGGCACGCCCAGCAAGCCCGCCCUCUCUUCGGUACAUUCAUCCCCUGCGGAACAGCCGAUUCCGUCAAAGAUAAACGUCAGCGGCCAUGGUGGCCAGCAGCCUGUUAAUGAAGUCCAUACUUACAAUGCCGCGCCUCCUGCGCCGAGUCUGCCCCUUGCGAAUGAGGACAAGGGCAAACAGCGAUUGACAAACAACGCGGCAUCAAGCCCUCGGAACCCUCCGGCAUCUGCCCCGGCCAUUCAACGACACGCAAACGCUCUGCAGGACGACGAAGACAUCACAUUCCUAUCUAGUACCCCGCGCCCUCGUACCGCAAACCCUUUGAAGGAAAUCAUCAAGGAAACCAACACAAACAGCACCACCACGCUGCUGCCGCAGAAGGCAGCACCCAACCCAUUACUGCCUGAGCAGCAGAGAGCCCCUUCAUCCUCGAAGCCCACCAAGGACGCCAUCAUCGCAGAGACCCCGCCGCGCAACAUAGCCGGUCCUCCUCCCAAACGGACUACCCAGCACCCAGCGGUACGCCGGAGCCUGCCGGCCUCGUUCUCCGACGGGCGGCGGCCGCCUCCCGCUUCGAUGCCGAUCAAGGCCUCAGUACCACUGACAACCAGCCCGGCUGCGAGUCCCGCGGCGGGUGGCACACCAAAGAGCUCGUUGACGUCCUUUUUCCAGGAACGCCGCGUGAAGAAACCCAAACAGAAGACGGCGAUGACGGAGCAGGAGAGGAGGAAAUUGGCCGUGGCCAAGAUGGAGAGGAUGGCCAGGGAAGGACGGUAUAAGUCACCGUCCAGCACGAUGCCUCCCAGAUCUUGAAAUAGUGAAAGCCAAUGGGUGGAAUGUCCUUCACUAACAGUCCUUGAUUCAUGCAAUGCUAUGGGUAUAGGCGAGAACAUGGGCAUCACAAGUCGAUUCGGGGUCAGGCAAAUCGGGGAGACCAAUGUGGUUUGAUAGUAGCUGUCAUUCGAGGUUCACUUUGUGCUAACCAGCAUUCUCUCGGUCUGCAACAUGGAAAUGGAA